GAAACGUUAUUUGUAUUUUGAAAUGUAAAUUCCUUACAAAAGAGAGAGAAAAGAGAGAAGGUAAGAAAUUCACGGGCAGAGAUCGCGUUUUGUAAUGCUAAGAAUGUAUGCGAGAUAUUAGUGUUUUCGGGAGAAGUUAGACGAUCGCAUUGACACCGCUAAGAGUCAAGGUUACUCGAUAAAGCCCGAGUCCAGUCGAACGAGUUUUCAGAACUCAUCUCUUGUCUAGUUGGAUGACCUUCGAGAUCGCAUGAGAUCCCGCGUGCUUCUUAGUACGAUGCCGAAACUGAGAUUGCCAUCCCUAUUCCCGUCGAGUCAAUUGUAAUCCAACGUCGUCUGGAAUAGAUCGAUACCCGGGAUGCACAAUAAGACACAUCGAGAUGAGGAUUAUCUUCCGUAUACCAACUCUUAUCACCAGAAAGCUCCUUACCUAGUCUGGGAAGACAGAUACACACCUCAUCGCAAACGUAAGAAGAAACGAUGUCAAAUGAAAAUCAUCAAGUGCUGUCGAAGUACCAGUGCCAUCGUAACUAUUGUCAGCGUCGUCAUUUUGGCUAUAUUUGCCAUUAUAUCUCUAUCUGCUUACUUAGGAGUUAUUACAAACUUCUACCCAUCAUCUUCCAUUUUUAUUUUGUAUGGUAAAUUAUUAAUCAACACGGAAAAACAAUUUCCUUCGACAUUUUUAAAUAUUUCAUCUGAAAAAAUACAUCCAGAAAUUGCCAAAUAUCAGUACUUAUUACAAUCAAUUUAUAGUCGUAGUAUUUUACAACAUAGUAUCAAAAGUGUUCGAGUUCAUACGUUUGGAAAUCACAGCGAUUCCAUUUAUUUCCAUAUAUAUCUGGACCAAAAUAAACUACAUAACAUUACCAUCGGCGAUUCACCAAAAAUCGCCAGAGGGAUUCUUUCUCAAGGUCUUACAAAUCUUCAUCUUGAAAACUACAUACAAUUCAAUAUCUCCCUAUUAGAAGAUUUGGAUACUCCGGAUUUUCUUAUUUCUAAUAUUUCUGAAUCGACAGAAAAUUAUUUAUUAACGUCUAUAAGAAACGGUGAAGUUAUAACAGAAGAUUACAGGGAAAGGAAAAACAAUGAUACUACUAAAGAUACUGAAGAUUUAAAUAUUUAUACAGAGACCCCUACUCGUACGAGCGAAGUUAUCGAAGCGAAAGAGGAAGCGGAAAACGUCGAAAGUCAUCAAAAUGUUAAGAAACCACUCGUCGUUAAUUAUGGUUCUUGGCUUCCUUACAUUCCAACUAACAAUCCCUUGCCCACAGACAGAAUCAUUACCAUUCCAUUUUCUACAUCUCGUUCCCAGAUCGUUAGCCACAAUAUAGAUAUCGAAGACGAGGACGAAGAUUUAUUAGAAGAAAGACGACUUAAACCGUCUGUAGAAGUAAAUAAUAGUCAAAUUCUGCAUAAAUUUCUAAGCGUCAAAGCGUCGAAUCCAACCUCUUCACUUUCCAUUUUUCAAAGUUCGACGAACGAAACUAAGAAAAUUUCGAAUAUCACAUCUAAUUCCGAAUUGUUUCCAUUGGAAAUAACGGAUACAAAUGAUAAACAAGAUUGGGUCCCGAUCUUUAUUACGAAGCAAUCGAAAAGGUUCAAUUCUACUUCAAUAAAUCGAUCUACUUUCGAGAAUCUUCAAAAUUCUAAUGAUGGUCUCAACUCUCAAACAAAGUUCGCUCUUAAAGAAAACGAAACCGUACAAGAAAAUAAAAGUUAUUCUUCCGAAUCCACUAAUUUCCAUCCCUCUAUUGAUAACAGCAGUUGGCAGGGUUAUUACGCCCUGCGAAGAAGAAGCGACUCGGAGCAAUCUCAAGCGACACCAAAAAGAACCGGAUUAGGAGAAGCUCAUGUAUAUGCGCUAGAAUCAGACAAACAAACAGGAGAUUCUGGAUUUAUUCCCGUUACUCCCGUUUCAACAACCGAAUUGACCGUCGGUGUGUCAUUACAUAUUAAUCUUAAAAACCGUUAUCCUAAUCCAUCGUCGUUCGGAAACUUAAAACGAAUCUAUCCGUUGUCGACUACUCGGAAGACAUCUCUUCAGAACGAAGAUCCUUCAUAUUCUCGUCCUCAAUCCUCGUUCCUUGCUAAUAGUCAUAGAAACUCUGGAUCUUCCGAACAUAGAUUCGAACAUAGGUACGGAAGCGAAUAUGGAUCGUUAAAUGUCGAGCGCACCUUAUCCUUGAAACGCUCGAAUAGAUCCGUACACUCAAAGCAAACGAACGAUAACUUGAAAGAGUCGAUGUCCACUCCAAGGAUUUCCAAGAAUUUUUCGGGAAUAGCGAAAGUUAUAUCGUCUGACAUGUCGGUCAAUAUGAUGUUAUCCAGCACAAUAAAACCUUUUCCUGUAGAAGUCAAAAGUGAAUCCCAAAAUGAAGAUACGGAGAUUUCAGAAAUUUCCCAAGAAAUAAAAUCGGAUGAGGAUCUGUCGCCUUUGAAAAUUUUCAGUUCAAAGAAUAAAGAUUCUCAAAUGAAUAAAAACGAAAAUCUUACAUUAUCUCAGGAUUGUUCUCAAGGGUUUCGAUGUGGAAAUGACGGAAAAUGCCUUUCUUGGACCAUGAGGUGCAAUCGUAGAUUUGAAUGUGGAGAUCUGUCCGACGAAAUGAAUUGCUCGUGUAUAGAAUAUUUCUGGGCUCAACGUUUACAUAGUAAAAUAUGCGAUGGAAUUAUCGAUUGCUGGGAUCAAACCGAUGAAUUACAAUGCCCUUGGUGUUCUCGAGAUCAAUUCAUCUGUCCUAACUCUAAAAAAUGCAUCGAAAAAUUCCGGAUAUGUGACGGAAUUCAAGACUGUCCGUUUGGUAGUGAUGAGAAUCAUUGCAUGAAACUAACCCAAACUCCUGGAGAUUACGACCAUCAUCAUUAUACCUCGGAAGGAUUCGUUGCCGUUAGAAAAAAUGGAGUAUGGGGAAUGAUGUGUUCAGAAAAUCUUAUGCCCUCAGAUAUAGAACAAGUAGGACAAUCUGUCUGUAAUACUCUGACAUAUAGAAAUUUCAAUUCUUCCGUCAAGAGUUCCGGAUCUGUAACGACACCUAAUUUUUAUAAAUUUGAUCAUUUAAACAUUGUAUCUAAAUCGUCCGUUGAUGUUCAGCAAAUAAUCUGCCGGAAAAAGGAAAUGAUCCACGUCAGUUGCAAUUCUUUAGAGUGUGGAAUACGACCUAUUCCAUCUGUUAAUCGAAGUAGGAUUAUAGGAGGACAAAGCUCCCAAUCUGGAUCUUGGCCGUGGCAAGUGGCUCUUUAUAGAGAAGGAGAGUUUCAAUGUGGUGCAGUGCUGAUAAAUAAUCGAUGGCUAAUGACGGCAGCGCAUUGCUUCUUUCAUUCUAAAACUUCUUAUUGGACCGCACGACUGGGUCUAUUACGACGAGGUAACGAAUACCCAUCUCCUUACGAAGAAAUUCGAGUAAUUUCUAAUAUUUUAAUAUAUCCCGGUUAUAAAGAAGCGGGAUUUAUUAACGAUAUCGCCCUUCUGGGUAUGAAAAAUCCAGUACAGUUCAGCGAUUAUAUUCGUCCCGUAUGUCUUCCUGGGUUGCAUGAAGAUAUCAAACAGUGGAACAAUCGUCUUUGCACGGUAGUAGGAUGGGGAAAAUUAUUUGAAGUCGGACACUUAUUCCCCGAUACUUUGCAAGAAGUGUGGCUUCCGGUUGUGGAUACGGAAGAAUGCCGAAAGAGAACAGUAUUUCUUCCAUUGUAUAAAAUUACCGAACAGAUGUUUUGUGCGGGGUACGAAAGAGGAGGAAGAGACGCUUGUUUGGGAGAUUCCGGAGGACCUUUAUUGUGUCAACGAUCGGACGGUCGUUGGACAGUGGUGGGUAUUACCAGUAACGGAGACGGAUGCGGUAGACCGGGUAGGCCCGGGGUCUACACAAAAGUCACCAGCUUUUUGAGUUGGGUGCAUUCGAUUUUAGAAAAAGAUACGGCAAGUGCUUCUACGAUUUCGUCUUGUAACGGUCAUCGAUGUCAACUGGGAAAGUGCGUAGCUAAGCAAGAUCUUUGCAACGGAGUGAUGGAUUGUUGGGACGGAUCGGACGAAGAAUGCUCCAUCAAAAGAUGAAUCCUACUUCACUUUUAUGUAUAUAAUUGUAUAAUACUUCACCCGAUGUUACUGUGCCGGGACACCUUAGCAAUGAUUUGCAUAAGGCAUUCCGAAAGAAUGUCUUUCACUUUCUAACCAAUCUAAUUAUGGUAAUUGUCCCAACGAAAUAAAAGAAAUUCGUAUCGUACUUAUAUAUUAAAACCAAAUAUGAAAUUAAAACUCGCGUUAAAGUAAAAAAUCUCCACAUUUUGAAAAUUAAUAAAUAUU